UGUGGAAGAGAUGUAAACAACCCCCCCUCCCCACAUUUAGUCUCUGUCCCCACAAAAAUUUCCCGGAACAGAGUGGAUCGUGAUCAGGGUUGAUCCUUCACACCGAGUGGAUCACAAACCUAGAAGUAAGCUCUUCAAAACCAUGGCACCUUCUCUUGCACAAGCAGCCCCAUUCAUGCAGAUGUAAGUGGGCAAUUAUAAGCGCGUUAAAUAUUCUGCCCAAAAAAUGAUUUCUGAUGCUGUCUGACAAUGCCUCCCAUGUCGCAGCUGCGACCAGAAGAUGUCCCUGUAAACUUCGGAUUCAAACCCAACUCAUGGCAGAUUUAUCAAGACAUCAUCGGCAAUAAUCUCAAAGGAUAUUGAGAACUUAAUGUGAGGAUAAGUGUUACGUGAAGAGUUCCGAUAACUGGGUAUUCCACGGACAUUGACGUCCACCCUUCAGGAAUUCCAUCUCGGGGUGUGAGUGAGAGUUAUACCGAAGUCGGAAAAAUGCUGGGUCAUGCUUGCAAUCGAACAAGCACCUGUAACUCUACAGGAAAUUGAUGAGGAAGCGAAGGAUCUGAACUAGGGUUCGAAUGGCAACUCCAUCCACCUACGACAGUAGUUGGUUUUCGCACGGCCACGGAGGGUCGAGGAUCUGGAAUGAUGUACCUUCUGAUAAGCUUGAGAAACGGAAGGCUAUUGAGUGGGCCUCCUUGGAGAAGCUUCUGGAGGGCCAAGAUGAUCGGCAACAGAUUUUGGAUAAUGCCCUGGCGACAAGCCAACACGACACAGAACUCCUACUGCAAAACAUCAGGGACAGGAUUGAUAAAGUGGGCAUUGUGUUGCCCACUGUCGAAGUUCGCUUCGACCAUUUGACUGUCAAUGCAGAGGUUUACGUCGGAGACAGAGCUCUUCCUUCUUUAAUCAAUUUCACGCGAGACUUGUUUGAAGAUGUGUUAGCUUCAUGUGGAAUACUUCCGCCUAUCAAGCGUCCUUUUACCAUAUUACGAGAAGUGAGUGGUGUCUUAAAACCAGGGAGAAUGACUUUGCUUUUGGGACCACCUGGAGGUGGAAAAACAACUCUUCUACUAGCGUUGGCUGGAAAAUUGCACAAGGAUUUGACUACACAGGGAUUGAUUACAUAUAAUGGACAUCCACUCACGGACUUCAUUCCGCAACGAACUGCAGCCUACGUGGGCCAAAAUGAUGACCACAUUGGAGAGUUGACAGUUAGAGAAACGUUGGAUUUUGCUGCAAGGUGCCAAGGAGUUGGUUCAAGGUUCACUUUAUUAGAAGAACUGGAGCGGAGAGAGAAGCACUUGGGAAUUCAACCAGAUCCUCACAUUGACGCAUUUAUGAAAGGAACGGCAAUCAAAGGCAAGGAACACAGCUUGUCGACGGACUACAUCAUCAAAGUUCUGGGACUUGAAGUUUGUGCAGACGUUGUUGUCGGCAGCGACAUGCUCCGAGGAAUCUCCGGUGGCCAAAAGAAACGCGUCACAACGGGAGAAAUGGUGGUCGGGCCCAAAAAAACGUUAUUCAUGGACGAGAUAUCCACGGGACUGGACAGCUCCACGACGUUCCAAAUCGUCAAAUCAACGCGAGAAUUCGUUCAUCUCUUACAGGGGACAGUGCUAAUGGCACUCUUACAACCAGCACCAGAGACCUUCGAACUCUUCGAUGACAUUAUCCUCCUCGCAGAAGGCCGGAUUGUAUACAUGGGUCCUCGAGAACAUAGCGUCGAGUUUUUCGAGUCGCAAGGGUUCCUGCUCCCGGACCGCAAAGGGAUCGCCGACUUCCUGCAAGAAGUCACCUCCAGAAAAGACCAAGGCCAAUACUGGUCACAGGACAUGGGUCCUUACCGCUACGUAUCGGUGGAAGAACUCGCGAUUGCAUUCAAAAGAUCGAAAAUCGGUCAGGAACAAGGGCAAUACCUGUCACAACCCUUCGAUAAAACCUUGUCACACCCUCAAGCUCUCAUCACGACACCCUACGCACUCUCCAGCUGGAACAUCUUCAAAGCAUGCGUGGACAGGGAAUGGCUACUGAUAAAGCGCAACAAGUUCCUGUAUGUGUUCCGAACGUGCCAAGUAGUGUUGCUCUCCUUCAUCUGCUCCACGCUCUUCAUCCGAACGCGGAUCCACCCCAUCGACGAGCAAAACGGAUUCCUGUACAUGAGCUCGCUCUUCUUCGCGCUGAUCCACAUGAUGUUCAAUGCUUUCACCGAGAUGACGCUCACCGUGUGGCGCCUCCCCGUGUUCUACAAGCAACGAGACAACAUGUUUUAUCCGGCGUGGGCGUUCAGCAUCCCUGGCUGGCUCAUGCGCAUCCCUUACUCUUUUGCCGAAGCUCUCAUCUGGUCCAGUAUUUGCUACUAUUCCAUUGGCCUUGCACCAGAGGCUAAGCAUUUCUUCCGGUAUUUCUUGCUACUCUUCCUCAUGCACCAAAUGGGCAUUGGGUUGUUUCGUACUAUUGGAGCUUUAGGGAGGGAAAUGGUCAUUUCCAACACCUUUGGGUCCUUUGCAUUGUUGGUGUUUUUGGUGCUUGGAGGGUUUGUUUUGUCCAAGGAUAAUGUUCCAAGAGGAUGGAUAUGGGGUUACUGGUUGACUCCUUUGUCUUAUGCUCAAAACGCAAUAGCUGUUAAUGAGUUCCGCGCUAUCCGAUGGGACAUCAAGAGUCCCAAUGCAGACACACCUUUGUGGGUGGCCAUCCUCAAGUCUAGAGGGAUGUAUCCCCAAAAGUAUUGGUAUUCCAUAGGAGCAGCAGCUUUGUUUGUGUACACCAUUUUGUUUAAUGUGACGUUGGUGUUGGCAUUGAAGUACUUGCAACCUUUAACUCGGCAACAUAUAAUUACACAGGAAAAUUCUUUAAACGAGCAGUUUGAAACACGCAUUGGAAUGACAAACAACACAAGUAGCAUCCAGGUUGAUAACCACCAAAAUUCUGAGGAGUCAGUUGGCAUGGUUCUUCCAUUUCAACCUUUGGCAAUAACUUUUGAUGACAUGUCAUAUUUUGUAGACAUGCCACUGGAAAUGGUUGCCAGAGGAAUGAAAUCAUCAAAGCUACAAUUGCUCCACAACAUAAGUGGAGCCUUACAACCUGGUGUUUUAACAGCAUUAAUGGGUGUCAGUGGAGCUGGGAAAACCACAUUAAUGGAUGUUCUUGCUGGACGCAAAACAGGAGGUACUAUGGAAGGAGUGGUGAAAGUAGGUGGCUUUGUUAAAGUUCAAGAAACUUUUGCAAGAGUUUCAGGUUAUGUUGAACAAACAGAUAUCCAUUCACCACAAGUUACUGUAUAUGAAUCACUGAUAUACUCAUCAUGGUUACGAUUGCCAUCAGAUAUUUCACCAGAAACACGACAUUCUUUUGUUGAGCAAAUCAUGAAACUAGUAGAGCUUCAUAACAUAAAACAUGCAUUAGUAGGGCUUCCAGGCAUUUCAGGCCUUUCAACGGAACAAAGGAAACGCCUCACCAUAGCAGUGGAGCUUGUGGCCAACCCAUCUAUCAUAUUCAUGGAUGAACCAACCUCAGGACUUGAUGCUCGAGCUGCAGCCAUAGUGAUGAGAACAGUUAGUAACACAGUCAACACAGGGCGCACUGUUGUAUGCACCAUCCACCAACCGAGCAUAGACAUCUUUGAAGCAUUUGAUGAGCUUAUACUCCUGAAAAGAGGCGGAAAGCUCAUUUACAUUGGUCCCCUUGGAAAAUAUUCAAGUGAUUUGAUCCAAUACUUUUCGUCUAUUCCAGGAGUGCCCCCCAUUGCUGAUGGUUACAAUCCUGCAACAUGGAUGUUGGAGGUUACAACCCCUGCUAUGGAAAAAAAGUUGGAUGUGGAUUUCACCACAUUUUUUCUCCAAUCUGAAAUGCACCAAAAAAACAAGGCCAUGGUUGAAGAGUUGAGCAAGACAAAACCAGGGACUAAAGAUCUAUGGUUUGAUACCAAAUAUUCUCAAUCUUUCAAACAGCAAUUUAUGGCUUGUCUUUGGAAACAAAACAUCACAUAUUGGAGGAGUCCAUAUUACAAUGCAGUCCGUUUUUUCUUUACAUUCAUUAUUGCAUUGAUGUUUGGGUCUAUUUUUUGGAAACGAGGCCUUCAACACCAAAAACAACAAGAUGUUCAAAAUGUGAUGGGUGUGCUUUAUGCAUCUGUAUUGUUCUUGGGUGUGAACAAUUCUUCAAGUGUUCAACCAGUUGUAUCAGUAGAGAGAACAGUUUUUUAUAGGGAACGAGCUGCUGGCAUGUAUGGGCCAAUUCCUUAUGCUCUUGGUCAAGGACUUAUUGAAAUUCCCUACAUAUUUGUUCAAACUAUUCUUUAUGCAGUUGUCACAUACAGUAUGAUCCAUUUUGAAUGGACAGCCUCAAAGUUUUUUUGGUACUUCUUUUACAUGUUUUUGACAUUCACAUAUUUCACAUUCUAUGGCAUGAUGGCUGUAGGAUUAACCCCCUCCCAACAAUUAGCAGCUGUGACUUCUUCUGGAUUUUACUCUUUGUGGAAUCUUUUUGCAGGUUUUUUGAUACCCAAAGCAUCAAUGCCUGCAUGGUGGAGUUGGUAUUAUUGGUUAUGCCCAGUUGCAUGGACUCUUUAUGGUCUCAUAAGUUCUCAGUUAGGGAACAUGACUUCUACAAUUGAUGCACCUGGAUAUGGAAAAAACAUCACUAUUGAAGAAUUUAUUCAUCUAUAUUUGGGUUAUAGAUAUGACUGGUUGGGCAUUGUUGUUGUAGUUCUGUUGGUAUUUUUGUUUGUGUUUUGGAGUGUGUUUGCAUAUUCAAUCAAAUAUUUGAAUUAUCAAAACAGGUAGUAAAAUACAAGUGAAUUCUUUUUGUUGCAAUGGAUGUAAGUGCCAAAACAAAUAAAGCUUAAAAGUCAUACCAUGCAGAGAAUGGUAUUGUUUUUCCUUGGACCUAUUGUUUACACGUUUUUAACUUUUUGAAUAAAUGACUAAAUAAAAAUUUAGAGUAACAAACAUUUUAUUGGAAACAAAUUUCAAUUUGUUCAACGUCAUUAGCCACUUCACCACAUUUUCCAUGUCCAUUUUCUGAAAGGAAGGGAAAAAGAAAGACAAAGAAAUAGGAAUAAAAUAAUUAUUAUUACCUUACAAACUGGUAAUGCAACGCAAAUUCACACAACUACCCAUUUUUAUGUUUAAUCCCUCCUUCCUAUUCAAAUUUAAGACUUUUUGUUUUCAAAA